AUUGCACUUAGUUGGUUGCUAUGGGAAGGAGGGGGAGGUUGCAUGGCCGGUUUUUAACAUAAACACGUCCAGGCAUGCUUUGCAGUGGCAACUACCUGCCCUCCGGCUGGAAUUGUAUUGUUGUAUUCCCAUUUUUUCCAGGGAAAAAUGCAAUUUCAGUCAUCAGCUUCUCAACUAGGACUUGCAAUUCCUCAACUGAUGAAUGGCCACUUUGCUACCGAUGAUGUGUUUAUGGUGCCUUGGAAGUGGUCCAGAGAUGGUGAUGAUGAUGAGGUGUCUGUCGCACGCAUUCAGUUCAACUUAGAUACAGCUUCUCUGGGACAAACCGAUUAUUCGAAAUGCGAAAGGAAGGGCGUAGUAGAUGGUGAAAACGAAGAUGGUGAAAAUUCGGUGCGUCGAGGUCGACCUCGAGCAGACAGUAUUUCGUCUCUGAUUUUGGAAGGUUACUCCUCUCGCAGCGACAUACGAUGUCAGCUCUGUUGGCGAGUGUUUCCCAGGGAGAAAUCUCUCCAAGCUCAUCUCAGAACCCAUACUGGUGAAAAACCAUACCAGUGUGAAUAUCCAGGUUGUAACAAAGCAUUUUGUCAGAGUGGUCAACUUCGGACUCACUUGAGACGUCACACAGGGGAGAAACCUUUUCAUUGUACAGUUCCAGGUUGUAAAAGCGAGUUUGCCCAUUCUAAUCGCCAGUGUCCUCUCCAUCCUUAUGCCUCUUUGGAAAGAGUCUACAUGCCAACCAAAAUCUCCAGCCAUUCACCACGUGUGUCUAAGAGAACUACUCGUAUAGAAACAAGAAGGAAAAGUAGGAAGAUGAACAGCUCAACUCUCACAGCUAACUUAAACCAUCCAUUAUCAUCUCGAGAAGAUUAUUGCCUGAACAAUUGCAAAGUUGAAGGGACUAGACUUUCAAGGGAGCAGAAAGACGAAUUUAUUUCAGCAUUGGCUCUUGUUGAAUUAGCCCAAGGAUUCUUGAAGCAUGACACUAAUAAUAACCACAUGUGAUAAACAUAGUGUCUUCAGGUUUUCCAGAUUAAUAUUUACAUGCUUGUGUGCUUCGAGAUCCACUGUUCCAGAAUAAGAAUUUAAAGUUCUCUCGAAAUUUUAUAAAUAGUUUUUUUUUUUUUUAUCCUUUUAAUAUUCAAUUGUAAAAUUGGAAUAAUGGGACAAAAUCAUUUUUGACAUGAACUUUCAACAUGCAAAUUGCAACCACCAAGAUGUUAUUUUGUUAAAAAUUCUAUUGUUUUUUGGGGGUUUUUUCUCACCAAGGAAAAUGACUGUUUUAAUAUAUAAAAUGUUUAUGAAUCUUCAAGUGAAAAGCAUAUCCGUCCAAAACAAUGACAAAGAGUUCUUAUUUUUCCUAAUUAUUUAUCAUAAUAGCCACAGAACAUGUCAUCACCAAAAAUUUACCUCUUGUAACAUUCCAUAUUUAAAAACAAAAUUUUUAUUUUAUUCGUUUUUACUAAAGAAAAACUAUUUAUAUUUGAGUUUUUAAAUUUUACCUGUUUUAGUAUUUGUUGUUUGUUUUUUGUCUUGACAUAUUUAUUUCAAUAAAAUAUCUAAUUUUA